GGGCAACGCCAUCCACGAAAAAUGGGUGUGCUAUCAAACGGCAGUCCAAUUGUAAUCGGCCCGCUCGAGUACAAACGUCACUCAUGGUGGGCGCGUAUGAAUCCCGACAAACAGGAGACUAUGCUCAAGUUGUUGAUACUAUCCACGGCAUGUAUAUUGUCAUUCUCAUGUCGAUUAUUCAGCGUACUACGAUUUGAAAGUGUUAUUCACGAAUUUGAUCCAUACUUUAAUUAUCGAACAACGCAGUUCCUUUCGGAUAAUGGCUUCUACGCUUUCCACAAUUGGUUCGACGACCGGGCUUGGUACCCCCUGGGGCGCAUCAUUGGGGGUACCAUCUAUCCCGGUCUGAUGGUCACAUCAGCGGCUAUCUACUAUGUGCUUAACGCGUUGAACAUCACCGUCGAUGUGCGAAACGUAUGCGUGUUUCUGGCGCCAGCGUUUUCGUCGCUCACGACGCUCGUGACGUAUCUGUUAACGAAAGAACUUGCUGACAGUGGUAGUGGAUUGGUUGCCGCCGCAAUGAUCUCGAUUGUUCCGGGCUAUAUUUCGCGGUCGGUGGCGGGCUCAUAUGAUAACGAGGGAAUUGCAAUAUUCUGUAUGCUAUUAACGUACUACUUAUGGGUGAAGUCAGUGAAAACCGGAUCUGUUCUUGUUUCGUCGGCGUGCGCUCUCGCCUAUUUUUACAUGGUUUCUUCGUGGGGGGGCUACGUCUUCCUCAUCAACCUAAUUCCACUUCAUGUGCUGACGCUCAUGCUAACCGGGCGCUUUAGCCACCGAAUCUACACGGCAUACUCCAUUGUAUACUGCCUCGGGACACUUUUGUCGAUGCAAAUACCAUUUGUCGGUUUUCAGCCGGUACAAUCAUCAGAGCACAUGGCCGCCCUAGGCGUGUUUGGUCUUUGUCAACUUUACGCUUUCCACGAAUAUCUACAGUCAAAGCUGUCCAAAGAGCAUUUUGAGGUGCUCUUCCGUGCCGUAGUUCUCGUUGCGAUGGCUACUACAGGAACAGGGAUUGUCAUAGCGACGGCGCUGGGCAAAAUCGCGCCGUGGACUGGACGGUUCUACUCGCUGCUGGACCCCUCAUACGCAAAAAACAACAUCCCAAUUAUCGCCUCAGUGUCUGAGCACCAGCCAACAGCAUGGUCAUCCUUCUAUUUCGAUCUUCAACUGCUCUGUUUCCUGUUUCCUGUUGGAAUGUACUUUUGCUUCAAGAAAAUUACAGAUGCAAAUAUAUUUAUCAUUCUCUAUGGAGUGACAUCGAUCUAUUUUGCUGGAGUGAUGGUUCGACUCAUGCUGGUAUUGGCACCGGUCAUGUGCAUUCUUGGCGGGAUAGGCAUGUCCAACAUGCUCGUCAAUUACACUAAGCUCAUGUGCAAUAAGACAGACAAGAAAACUAAGAAAAUGGAAGGACCAAGCCCUCUACCGAAGGAGAAGAUCGGCCAAGCGUUCAUCAUUAUCAUGGCUGUCUUCAUGAUCUCCUAUGCUCUUCACUGCACGUGGGUAACAUCAGAGGCAUACUCGAGUCCAUCUAUAGUGCUCUCGGCCCGAGCUCACGAUGGUUCGCGGAUUAUCUUCGACGACUUCCGUGAAGCUUACUACUGGCUGAGGCAAAAUACGCCCGAAAACUCCAAAGUAAUGUCGUGGUGGGAUUACGGUUAUCAGAUAACAGCUAUGGCUAAUCGGACUAUUCUAGUUGACAACAAUACAUGGAAUAAUACCCACAUUUCACGCGUUGGCCAGGCAAUGGCUUCAGACGAAAGGACGGCAUACGAAAUUAUGCGUGAACUUGAUGUCGACUAUGUUCUUGUAAUUUUCGGCGGUCUCUCAGGUUAUAGCUCUGACGACAUCAACAAAUUUCUUUGGAUGGUUCGCAUUGGUGGGUCGACGGAGAAGGGUCGCCAUAUCAAAGAACAAGACUACUACACACCAUCAGGCGAAUUCCGCGUCGAUAAGGAUGGCUCGCCAACACUUCUCAAUUGCCUCAUGUACAAGUUAUGCUACUAUCGAUUCGGCUCGGCGUACACUGAGGGAGGAAAGCCGGCCGGAUAUGACCGGGUUAGAAAUGCCGAGAUCGGAAACAAAGAUUUUGAACUUGAGGUGCUUGAAGAAGCGUACACGACUGAGCACUGGCUUGUCAGGAUCUACAAGGUCAAAGAUCUACCUAAUCGGGGUGUAAUGUAGCGCUGAUGUCGUUGAGUAUAUCGUUACGAACUGAAGUCAGUUAAACGUGACAUACUAAAACCUCGCGUUAGGGCUUAUGAAAGGGCAUCUUGUAAAUUGUAUUAAGUCGUUGAAAUAUAAACUUGUAGCAAGCUUUUGUGAUAAUAUUUCUGUUAGUUCUCUUAAAGGAGUCGAAUAAAGAUCUUUCUGACACCGAGUAAAACAAAUGUCGCUGUCAAGUAAUUACGUGUGUUUAUCGUUCAUCGUCGUGUAUUUUUGUUGUUCAAAGGCGGGCAAACAAGCUCUAUUAAAAUGACGUACAACUCGUAUUGGACAAGCAUGAAGUUAAAAAUGAAUGUUUUUUACAUUGUAUAGAAAACUAUUCUAGACACAAAUGCCACUGUACGAAGCUGAACAAAGUUGACUUUUUAAUUUCUUAAUGAAGUACACUUUCAGUCGUCAGAACGAGCGAUCGGUAUUAAUCACGACGUGAAGAAACUUGCGUAAAUGAACAUUAAUGUCUAGCAGAGGAAAUACCAGGACAGUUUUAUAUUACGCGAUCUUCUUUGAAUUUUUAGUGCUGGCAAACAUCAACCGCGUCAUCGAGACUAGGAAUACCAUCAGCUAAGCCAGUUAAUAUUUAUGAACACUGAACAAAUGUAUCAUAAGUCGAAAAUUAUAUUUUUAUUGCCUUGUACAUUCGGUAAGCAAGAAAAGGGAGAGAGGUGCCCUCUCUCCCUUUUCUUGCGUGGUCCAGUAAUCAUACAAUCAUGAUCCAGUAAACUAUGCGAAUAACUACGGUGUUGAAUAGUCAGCUACUAACUUUAAUUAUUCGUGUUACCUGAACGUUUCAGUUCUAAAUUAACAAAGAAAACUAAAUCAAGGAUGAAUUCGAUGUGUAGCCAGGAUGGAAAAAAUGGAAUGAAUGAUUAUGAAUAAUAAAGUGAUUAUAAAUAUAGAUAUUAAAUAAGUAUGUAGAUAAGAGGAAUGCUGUCGGGGGCGUUACAAAUGUCGAAGGCAGCAAUACGAAACGAAGAACGAGGGUGAAGGUAUAAUUUAAUAAAUUUGCCAACCAAAGACAAACAAAAACAGGCAUUGUUAUAUUCCUAGAUAAUUGACUCGUAUGAUAUUUUGAUGUGAGUCGCUUUGAAACUUACAUUUCAUAAUGAAUAAAGGCAGGCAACCAAAUUCUCGUUGAGUAAAAAGCUAUUGGCUCAGUCGUGGCUGGGAGACUUAUGAGUCUCUGCUAUGUUUAGGUACGUGCGUUUCAUGGGUGCACAAAUGGAAGUAACAGAAUUCAUAAACAAUUUUAGUACACCCUAGGGUCAAUAAUAUGUACUGUGGCAUUACACUACCCGAAAACGCGCCUUUCUGGCUCCUCUAGCCAUAUCAAUUAAGAGUCCACGGCGAGGCAGCCAAAGUAAAAAAAUGGAACGGCAGCAAAACUUCGCUGGACUGCGAACUAGCUCAUUAAAGCACAUUGUAUAUAUUUACACCGCGUGCCUCGAAAAAUGGCAUUAUCUUAUAAAUUAUGCUUUUUUUUCAUCUAUCGUUUAAAUAUUUGCAGAAAAUACAAUUCA